AUGGGAAAAGAAGAAGUUUCCAAACAACGGGUUGUUCAAAAAAAGACGCCUCUUUUUGAAAUCAUUGUGGUUGUUGUGUUGUCUUCGCUGUCUCUUUUCGCUUACCAUCUCGGCACUCUCAACACACAAUGCGCCUAUCCUCAUGAGGUAAUAUUGAGGCUCAUCUCCGUUUCCCCAUUAACAUAUUCGAAGGUUUCAAACAAGACCCAACUAUAUGUCAAACACGAAUUGGAAGAUGGAAGCGUCGAAUACAGUAUCACGAUGGUAACUGAUUUGGACCACGACAGCAAAGAAGCCAAUGGAAAGAGCUGGAGAAGCUUAGUCUCUCGAGGCUGGCUCCAGCUUUCUCCCGACCGCAAGGCUGGAAAUAUCAGAUUUGAUGCGCACGCUGAAUACUACGUGAAUUCGUCAGUUGAACAGUUUUGAUCAGAAAAUCAGCUUUCUCCAGGCAAAUCGCUGCUGGCGGGAGAUCAAUGGAACUUUCUUGUUUAGCUGUUUUUAACGGCAGUCUGUACACAGUAGAUGACCGAACAGGUCUUAUCUACUGGCUCCGAGACCGCAAGGUAUUUUGCAAUUAUUGCAUACUGUAUCGAACUGUUCAGGCAGUCCCUUGGGUCAUCGUCAACGACGGCCCAGGAAACGUCGUCAAGGGUUUGAAAGGCGAGUGGAUGACCAUGAAAGACGACAGACUUAUUGUCGGCGGCAUAGGCAAGGUAAAUAUUUGAGAACAAAGUUCGCGCGUCUUUUUGAUAAGUUCACAAACCACAGACAUAGGCUCGGGUCUUUGAAUAUUGCAUCAGUUCAAAAUUGUGCACAGCGCAUUCAUAACUUUAGGAAUGGACAACGACUGAAGGAGAAUACGUUAACGACUACCCAAUGUGGAUUAAAAAAAUCACUCCAGCUGGUUCUGUCCAGAGUGUUAACUGGAAAGAUGUAUAUAUCCGCGUGCGAAGAGCCGUGGGAAUCGAGUACCCAGGAUACAUGAUUCACGAAGCUGUCCAAUGGUCGGAAAUCCACAAGAAGUGGUUUUUCUUGCCUCGCCGACUCUCAACGGAAAAGUACUCCGAAGCAGAAGACGAAGAGAGGUACAAUACAAGAUACCCUUUAAACUUCAUUUUUACAAAAAAAUUUCAGAGGUACGAACGUGAUGAUCAUUGGCAAUGAGGAGCUCACCUCGUUCGAUGUUGUCCAUGUAGGAAACGUUGAGCAAAAGCGCCGCGGCUUUUCGGCUUUUCAAUUCGUGCCAGACACCAAAGACAAUCUCAUCCUUGCCAUCAAGUCCGAAGAGAAGGUUAUCUCAAAUUAGAUUUUUUCUAAUCGAUUUCAGCUAAAAUUUUGCAGGACGGCAAACCUGUUGGCAGUUUCGCUACAGUUUUUGAUGUUCACGGAAACAUCAUCAUGUCUGAUUUUGCUCUUCAUGGGGCCUAUAAAUACGAGGGACUUGCAUUUGCCUGA